AUGAAGUUCAGAUUCUGGUAUCCGAUUGAAGUUACUAUAUUUCUUUUCAAGAGUUUGAUGCGGUGCCCGUGGGUCUCUGGUCAUGGACCUCAUCAGUCCAUAUAAGUCCUGGCAAACACUUCCCCUUACACACACCUCCUGCGUCGAGGGUGUAUCUGUGUCCAAGUGUCGCUGCGUCUUUUGUGGGUUAUUGUGUUCGCGUGAGUGGGAAAGACCAAGAUCUAGAACUACAGCUUUUGAUGUUUACAAAACAUAUCAUCAUCAUUCUUGGACCUGGCUUGUGAGCAUUCAGCAAGUUUUGCUGUUUCCCUUGCAUCAAUAGUAUCGGAUCAUACCAGUUGCAGCAUCUCGGUUAUCCGUGGUUUGCAGUUCUUGACAAUAUUCGCCUUCUGGUUUGUUGUAAUUGUUGCCUGUGGAGGCUGAUCAUUCCUUCGCUUUGGUAGUGCUCACGUGUUGAUUCUUUAGUCGCGUUGACGACAGAUAGAUUGAUCUCUUUUGUGGCAAUCACCAUAUUCUGCAUUUAUCCCUGUCUUGCAAUGGGUUAACCUGGAGAUCUGUAUAGGCAGACAGCUAUGCACUGUUAACGAAUGACGUUGUAGGGAGGUAUUUGGUCACGGCUUAGAACAUUCCAAGCGUCAGUAGUGGAUUUGGGUUGAGCAUUGCUAAUAGUUAUGUAACAGCGUGAUACCAGAAUGCUCCUCCUGAUCACCUUUGAAUAUCUCAGCUGCAGCAAUUGAGUUAGCAUCUUAGCAGUGCGGCAGCUUAGUGUCCCCGAAACGAGUUCUAUCUAGUAGAGGUUUGCAGUAUUCUUUAACGUGCGGACUUGAAAAAGUUUCCUCAUCUAGUUCAGAGGUAAGGAACUAUAGUAGAAGAAGCAGUCGCAAUGGCGGGACGUUACUUCUACGACCCCAGGCCCUUCUAUGGCGGCAACAACAGCUACAACCUCAUGCCCUUGGACGAGGUUUUCUAUGGAAGGUAUGAGCCUGUCCCGUACUGGAUGGACCAGAGGAUGGGUCCAUUACCGGCCGCGAUGGCACACGAGACGUACUCCAGGGGGCAAAAACAAAUGGUGAGCCGAAUGAGGCCCGAGGUGCAGCAGUAUAACCCAUACGAGGAUAAUUUUAUGGCGUUCAAGAGACCAGAAGUGCGAGAUGACAUGUACUCGGACAUGUACAGGCGCGGGUACCCUCAGGUACCUGGCUAUGGUGCACACCCCGAGAUGUUGCAGCGGCAGAUGAAUUGGCAGACACAAGAUGAUACCUGGCUUCACGCCAUGAUCCCGCGGGGACCAGUGCUACCCCAAGUCGCUGGCAGAGUGCAUGAGCAGCAGGCGAUGGCCUUGAUCCCCGCGCGAGGGUAUGCGGACGAGCAGAAUAGGCAGAUGGUGGUGCCGAUGAACCACAUGGCGAGUAGAAGCGGCGCAGAGCAGUACAGACAUGCGGAGAUGCUCAGGGCUCAAACGGAUAACACAAGUUUUGGCAACAACCAAGGCGGACAGCAGCACCGGCAGCUCGAAGUGCCCGUUGGCCAGUUCAACAACAGAAGCAUCAACAACAAUGGCGACGAUCAGUAUAGGCAAAUGGAUUUGCGUAACAAAUCCAACAAAAACGUGACAAAUAAUAACAACCAUAGCCAUAACAAUAGCAGCAGCGACAAUAAUAAUAACGGCAACAACAAUAACAACUACAGCAACACCCACAGUGGCAGCAAGCAGACACAAGGCUCCAGCAACCAGCAGUUCGGGAACAUGGGAAAUGGGUCAGAUCAUGCGAAGUCCCAAGGACAAGGUGGCAAGUCUAUGAACACGAAUGGAACUGCAACGAAGCAGGGGAAUGGAAACGGAAAUGUGAUGCAUGGGAACAACACAAAGCAGCAACAGUACACGAACGAUGAUUGGAGCUCGGAUGGGGAAGACGACGGGUACGAAAACGUCAACAAGUUUGCCGUGAAGGGUUCUGCCAAGCAGGGGAACGGACAUCAGAAGGGAGAGAUGGUCGCCAACAACAGAAAUUGCGACAAUUACCACAACACGAGUGGUUCGAAGUCGGCAUCUGGUGGACAAGGGAAGUCGAAUAACCAGCAAUCUAACGGUGGUAACAAGAAGGUUUCCUUCGAAUCUUCAAGUGUCAAGAGUCAGUCAGGGCAGAAGAUUGGAAACCAAAGUAAGAGUGCCAAUCACUACCAUGAUGACGACGAUGACGAUUCUUCAGACGAGCACGAGAGCCACUGCGCAUCUAAAAAGGGUUCGAAAGGGCAGCACAUGCAGGGAAACGUUAAGUUGCAGCAAAACCACGGUGGAGUGAAUCAGCAACCUAGAGACGAUGGUUCUUACAAGCCUAGCCAGCAGGGCGCCAAGCACGUGCAAUAUGGCAGCCAGUCGAACUUUGUUGAGCUCAAAGUGCCAAUCUGUUGCGAUAAUUGCGAAAGGAAAGUGAGGGCCUGCUUAGAACACAUGGAUGGUGUGGAUAGCGUAACGUGUGAUCAGUGGCAACGAAAGGUGACAGUCUACGGUAACCUGAAGGCUGACACAGUGCUCAAGCGAGUGAGACGAGUGAAGAAGACAUCCGAGCUUUGGCAGCAAGCCAAGCGAUAGCUCUGAAAAUGUUUCUACAUUCGGUGUGUACAUACCCGCCAUCUUACGAUUCGCUUGCGGUGCCAGAUAAUGGGGCAUACUCCUCGACGCUAAAUACCAACAACAUGGGCCAUUGUUAAAGAAACUUUUAACACAGACAAAUACCGGUACAAGAUUACAUGGUCCAGUAGCUAGAUCAAGUCCAACUCAUUAAUCCCCGCAUGGGGAGUCUCAAAAAACUGAGAUUGUGCUUUCAAUUUUGUUCAUGGUUAACGAGAGAUUCUGCUGAGUUAUCAGACAUUUUUGAAUUGUUUGAGAGUGGACCUUGCCAACGCCUUGGGAAGCUUACGUCGGACAGUUGCUAAUACUACCUUACGAUGAAUUUUUGAGGAAUAAAAUUGAAAAAUAAGUUCUCUCGAA